UUAAUAUAUUUUUAGACAAGUUUUUUUUUUAACUGAUUUUUGGACCAGUAUUCAAUUGAAAAUUUGUAAAUUGCACAUGACCUACCAUUACUCGGGUUUUUUUUGUCUUCCUUUUGCUCAUUAACCUUUUAUAUAAACAGCAAAAACCCCUCCCACAAAACUUGUGAACUGGUACUAAUAACAGGAUAGCAUGAGUUUGAGCAUCUCUUUAAAAGCUCUUACAAGAACUCAAACAAAACAUUCUUUCAAAACUCUCAACAACCCAUUCUACAAAUCUCUCUCCCAUUUCCAAACCAAUGAAUUGAACACUCAAAGGUCAGAGCUUUUCGCAAAAUCUGUUACUUUAGAGCAGACUCCUGACCUGUUUGACAAAGGUCCUCAACCAGUCCUUGCCCAAAAAAACGGAUUGCUUUUUGAGUACUCUCGCAAUAACAAAAACAAGGAAGCUCUGAAUCUCUUUCUGGGUAUUCAUAGUUUUGGAUUACCAGUCGAUGGGUCAACGUUUUCCUGUGUUUUAAAGGUCUGUGGAUGCUUGUUUAACGAGAUAGCUGGAAGACAAGUUCAUUGCCAAUGUUUGAAACUUGGGUUGCUUGAGGAUGUCAGUGUGGGGACUUCCCUUUUAGAUAUGUAUAUGAAAACAGAGAAUGUGAAAGAUGGUAGGAGAGUUUUUGAUCAUAUGGGGGAACGAAAUGUGGUUUCUUGGACUUCAUUGCUUGGAGGCUAUGCACAGAAUGGAAUGAAUGAGGAAGUUUUGGAAUUGUUUGUGACAAUGCAAAUGGAAGGGAUAAAGCCAAAUCCAUACACCUUUGCCGCUGUUCUUGGAGCUUUGGCAUGUGAAGGGAUAGUAGAGAAGGGUGUUCAAGUUCAUAGUUUGAUUGUAAAAUUUGGUUUUGAGACUACAAAUUUUGUGUGCAAUUCUUUGAUUAAUAUGUAUUUGAAGUCAGGGAUGGAUAAAGAUGCUAGAGCUAUUUUUGAUGGUAUGGAAACCAAGAAUGCAGUGACAUGGAAUUGUAUGAUUGCUGGUUAUGUGACAAAUGGGCUUGAUUUGGAUGCUUUUGAAACAUUUUACAAUAUGAGGCUUGCUGGUGUUAAGCUUACUCAGAUGGUUUUUGCUCCCCUUAUAAAGUUAUGUGCUAACCAUAAAGAAUUGGGUUUUGCAAGGCAGCUUCAUUGCCGGGUUUUGAAAGAUGGCUUUAGCUUUGACCCUAAAAUCAAAACUGCACUUAUGGUAGCUUAUGGUAAGUGCAGUGAAAUGGAUGAUGCAUUCAAGUUGUUCUCAAUGAUGCAUGAAGCUCAAAAUGUUGUAUCUUGGACGGCUAUGAUCAGUGGGCACUUGCAGAAUGGUGGAAUUGAACAGGCACUUAAACUUUUUUGCUUAAUGAACAAGGAAGGUGUCAGACCAAACCAUUUUACUUAUUCUACCAUCCUUACGGCUCAACCUGCUGUUUCUCCUUUCCAAAUACAUGCGCAAGUAAUCAAAGCUAAUUAUGAGAAGUGGCCUUCUGUUGGAACUUCUAUUUUAGAUGCUUAUGUUAAGUUGGGAAAUGUUGAGGAAGCUGUAAAAGCAUUUGAACAAAUUGAUGAGAGGGACAUUGUCGCAUGGUCAGCAAUGCUAGCUGGUUAUGCUCAAAUAGGGGACUCUGAAGGAGCUAGCAAAAUAUUUAUCCGGCUGGUAAAGGAGGGGAUUAAACCUAAUGAAUUUACCUUUUCCAGUGUUAUAAAUGCCUGUGCAGCACCCACGGCACCUUUAGAACAGGGAAAGCAGUUUCAUGCAUGGUCAAUCAAAUCAAAAUUUAAUGAUGCUUUAUGUGUAAGUAGUGCUCUUAUUACCAUGUAUGCUAAGAGAGGGAAUAUAGAUAACGCAUAUCAAGUUUUUAAAAGGCAGCGGGAAAGAGACCUUGUGUCAUGGAACUCAAUGAUCUCUGGAUAUGCACAGCAUGGUCACGCAAAUAAAGCUCUUAAGGUAUUUGAAGAAGUGCAAAGACAAAACAUGGAAAUGGAUGAUAUAACAUUUAUUGGUGUCCUUUCUGCCUGUAGUCAUGCUGGAUUAGUGGAUGAAGGUGAAAAGUACUUCAACAUGAUGGUAAAAAAUCACCACAUUUCUCCAACAAUGGAGGUGUACUCUUGCAUGGUCGAUCUAUAUAGCAGGGCUGGAAUGCUUAAAAAGGCCAUGGAUAUCAUAAACAGAAUGCCAUUCCCAGCUGGUACAACUGUGUGGCGAACCCUCUUGGCUGCCUGCCGAGUUCAUCACAAUUUAGAGCUGGGAAAACUUGCUGCAGAACAGCUUAUUUCGCUUCAGCCACAAGACUCAGCUGCAUAUGUUCUGCUUUCCAAUAUUUAUGCUGCAGCAGGAAAUUGGCAUGAAAGAAGGAAGAUAAGGAAAUUGAUGGAGAACAGAAAUGUGAAAAAGGAGGCUGGCUACAGCUGGAUCGAAGUUAAGAACAAGACUCACUCUUUCUUGGCUGCUGAUCUUUCUCAUCCCAUGUCAGAUCGUAUAUAUUCAAAGCUUGAUGAGUUAAAAACUCGACUAAAGGACAUGGGGUGCCAGCCUGAUACUGAUUAUGUACUUCAGGACAUUGCUGAUGAAGACAAAGAAACCAUUCUUUCUCAACACAGUGAGAGACUGGCUAUUGCUUUUGGAUUGAUUGCUACUCCUCCUGGUACAGCUCUUCAGAUUGUUAAAAACCUUAGAGUGUGUGGAGACUGUCACACUGUUAUUAAGUUAAUAUCACUGAUUGAAGGAAGAGAUAUAGUAGUCAGAGAUACAAACCGGUUCCACCACUUCAAAGCAGGCAGCUGUUCUUGUGGUGACUACUGGUAACAAUUGAUCGAUGCAGCCCGAAGCUUCCAAAAGGUUACUUCAGUCAUCUAGGUGCAAGGGGUGGGAUAUUUAUUAGGUAUGUGAGGGUUGCUGAGCAAUAGGCGUAUUUAUCAGAGGCAAGUGAUGGUUGCAUGUGUUUCUGACUUUGCUGUAAACAUGUUUGAUGAGCUUAUUCUUCAUUAGUGUAAACCAGGACUUCAUCAACUACGAAUUAAGUCAUGGGAUGGGAAAUUCUUAAGGUUGUUUCUAUUGCAUUUGCAUAAAGUUACAAUGAGAGAAAUUAAUUAAUCACUUGAAGGCACCCUGUGCUCGUCGAAGUUUUAAUAUGCCUUCUGAUCCAAGAUGACAGGCAUACGUCUUUCUACCGUCACAUUUCAAGGUGCUGAUUCUGCUAAAGAUUGAAGGUAAACAAAACUCUGGUGCUAAAUUUUUCAUUCAGCUCCAUGGAAGAUUAACAUUCAAUUUUCAGAACGCGUAUAGAAUCUUAGAAAUGGGUCAUCAAACAACUCCAUAUGGUAAAAGCUUUAUAUGCUAGUUUGUAAGUACUGUUUUUUUUUUCCUUCUCUUUAUUCUUUUUGACUUUUCUUAGUAGUUGACAGUUGUUUUUGUCUGAAAUGACAAAUAGAGAAGGCUAACUCAAAACUAGCUUUUCAAACCUUUGGACAGAAAGUUGAUUCAGGAUUUGACAUAACUGAAAAUAAAUAUGUAAACAAUUCCCUUCAUUUGUAUUUUUAGAUUCCAAACAGCAUUCAUGUUUGUUGAAUUGAACCUAUCGUCAGGUAAUUGAACUUGAAUGAACUUUGAAAUACAUUGAUCCCUGAUGUUACCAAGUCAAAAGAUGAAGGAAAUUUGUGAGUUAUAACUCAAAGCUAUCAAGCAUCGUGGUUAUGAAGAAAAGGGGUUUUGAAAAUUAAAUUAUUUAAACAUUUCAUGCUUGCUGGUAAGCAUACAAAUGUAUUCUGCACCAAAGAGCAGGCAAUAGGAAUAGGGCAUUAAUAAAUCAAGAUGGUAGUAUUAAGAAUAUGCCUCUCGGG